GGUACUUCCCAUUUUAGGAUUCACACAAGGGAAGGAAAUGUGACUCAUACUGCAUGUCAUUGGAAACAAUUGCAUUAGCUUAGAUAGUUUUGUGCAGAAGCAAACACUUCACACUUCCAUAGAGAAGCAGUUUGGAUCAGUGCAACUGAAUCUUCUGUGUGUAUAUUUGGUUGGAAAUUUGACACUGAAAACCAUGCUGGUCUGUGUCUGGCUGGUCAGCAGUUUGAUUCACAUGAUCUCAGGCUGUUCUCUAUCUGCACCCACAGACGUCACUGGGUACACAAGAGGCUCCGUGGUCCUGCCUUGCUACUGCACUGAAGGACAGCCAACACUGAACACUGCCAGAUGGAUUUUUAAUCCAGGUUCUUCCGAUAUCAAACUUUGGUCGUAUCCUAAUAAUGUGCACAACCGCUACAAAGACCGGGUGUGUAUUUCUGCCACCCCAGGAAACCUGUCUCUCCGUCUCUCAGAUCUCAUUCUGCGAGAUGGGGGUACAUACAGGUGCGAAGCAUCUUCAAGUAGUUUCAAAGACAUCAGUCUCACAGUGAAAGGCUGUUCUCUAUCUGCACCCAAAGAGGUCACUGGGUACACAAGAGGCUCCGUGGUCCUGCCUUGCUACUGCACUGAGGGACAGCCAACACUGAAAUCUGCCAGAUGGAUUUUUAAUCCAGGUCCUUCCGACACCACACUUUGGUCAUAUCCUAAUGCAGUGAACAACCGCUACGAAGACCGGGUGACUAUUUCUGCCACCCCUGGAAACCUGUCUCUCCGUCUCUCAGAUCUCACUCUGUCAGAUGCGGGAUUAUACAGGUGUGAAGCAGAUGGGCACUUCAGAGACAUCAUUCUCACAGUGAAAGGAGCCACAACCCAGUCUCCAGCCAUAACCGAGCACGUAUCCACACGUGGAAGCAAGCCACCCUCCACAACGGAGAUCUCUGAAGAGCUAAAAAAGUCCAUCUUGUACGCGACCAUUGCUGCUGUUGUUGCCGCAGUCGCAGUGUGUGUGGCUGUGCUAUUUUACUGCAGAGUUAGAUCCAGGAAAAAUGCACACGUGGAAUCCAGAGAAGAACAAGAGAUGGGGACCGGGGAGCAGGUGGAGGAGAAGAAUGCUGAUUCAGUGACAUAUUCUACUGUUGUUCACAGUAAAACAGUGAAAAAUACAAACAUCCAAAAUCAAAGCGAAAACUCUACAGAAUAUGCUUCCAUUAAACUUGGAAUGAUUUCAUAUUUAUAGAAAUACACCUCGUACACACACACACACGCACACACCUAUACACAUACACACACGCACACACCAUCUGUAUAAAAGAGUGGUUUGUAGCAAAGAGAUCAUUUAUUUUAAUGUAAACAAUGUCUUUGUGAAUUUCAAUUUUGAAUCAUGUAAAGUAUAUAGGAUGAGGAUUAAAUGUUUUGCAUUUUGCUGCUGCAGCCUUUGCUAUGCUGCCUGAAAGGUGCAUUAUUAUUAUUAUUAUUAUUAUUAUUAUUAUUAUUAUUAUUAUGCAUACCUCUCCUCAUCCUGGAGUAGAAGUGAAUUUCCGUGAAGUAAAUGUAAAUUGUCCUUCUUUGCACAUGAGACCCCAGAUCAUGAAAAGAUAACAGAAACUGAUACUGCUGAUGUAACGGAAAGGCUGGCAUAACAGGAAGCUUCCCAAUUACCACUUCCUGUUAUGUUUGUCAAAGGCUAAACAUGGUCUUCAUGAACCUGCACGCAGUUCAGUGCUGCUGUUGGGUCAGGUGCUGUUACAUAUGGAGAUGUUGUUGUCUCGGUGUGUUAAAAAGACAUGACUGCAGUGCUCCACCGUGCUGCUGGGGCCUCCAGGCAUCCCACGCUGCCCUGCUCUCAGGUUUGAAUCCCAAGGGAGAUGAGAAGGCACAAUAUUCAUCACAUAAGGCAGUUUGUUUCAAGGUCACAUGCAUGACCCUAGCAAAUUGUCCUCUAAUAACUGCAGUCUUUUUUUUUUGUCUUACAUUAGACUAGUUGAUUUUUGGAACUGUGAUUUACCUUAAGAUGCAAUAUACCUUCAGUGCGUUAAUGCGGCUAGCUGGGUGACUGGUAGUCAUGACAGUGUCAUGAUUGAGUCAAUUCAGUCUAGCUCUGUCACUGUGCCAUUUGCAUGUACUCUCAUUGUGGGAUAGGAUCCCGGACUGUCUGUGACUGAAUUUACAAUGAUAUUAUGUUACAUUUAGACCAUUAGCAGGUGCUUUUUUUAUUCAGAGCGAUGCACAUAUACACAUACAGUGUUGAUGUUAAUUUCAUCAGAAAGACAGCUCGGGUUUGAUAAUAGAUGGCAGGUAAGAGGGUGCUGUUCCGCUCACCAAAUCAAAGUCAAGGCUGUUUCUUGCUAUAAGUGGACUAUGUGGCCACCAUAGGCCCUCUGUGACUGCAAGGUUGAACUGCUCUGCUUUUUCUCUUUUUCUGCCCCAAAAUUAAAACGACUGGUCUUGAUCAGGUUCACUGCCUGGACCUAUAUGGACCACCCCCCCCCCCCCCCCAACCCCCAUGUGAUUGAAUGCAUGAAAAACGGCUGCAGUAGUCCGGUCAGGAUGUUCCAUUACCCACAUGUACUUUUGGCCUGCCAGUUUGGCCCCUUCCCCACAGUUCAGAGGCCGACUCUGGAGUCUUGAGUGUUAACCCUGGACAGGGCACCAGGCUACUCCAGACCCACAUGUUAACUGUUAACUGUUUUUCCAUGUGGGUCUGGAGUAGCCUGGUGUCCUGUCCAGGGUUCACCCCUGUCCUGCUGGGCUGAGCUCAGCCUAACACCUCCAUUGGGUAGGAGCUCAAAACAAAUCUGUGCUCCAUGCUCAUUCAGGUUCAUGCUGCUCCACAAUGAUUUUCCUCUGAAGAAUGAACUCCUGUGCAAGCACUUUGAGACUUUGGAUAAUUCAACUGCAUGUCUGUUCUUUAAUAAAUACAUUGACGGCGUUGA